UCCGAAAUGUUAUCGAUUGAUGGUAUCUUGAACAAGACGAACAGCAACAAUGACAACAGUACGGUGGAAAAAGAAUCCAAUGAAAAUUCAAUCACUCAGGACAAGGGCAAAUACAUUCAAAAAGCUCAUGAUCUUGUCAGGGGUCCUUCACUCGAUAUCAAACACAGCAACAACCAAGUCCAACAUGAUACACCAAUCAACCCCAUUAGCUUAAUUGAAAGUGAUGACGAAUAUGGCACUGGAACCGACAAUGAUAUGGAUAUCGCUGAUUACAUUGACCACGCCUUGUACGAUUCUGACAAUGAGAAAAGUGCAAAACAGCAACAACAAUCACCCAAUGCACCCGACAAUACUACUCAUUUAGAGAAUGGAUUCAAGAACAAAGGAAGGGGUUCACCAUUAUCAUUGGCGGAUAAUCUCGAACAACAACAACAACCAGAUAGAAUGUCAUUCUUGAAUUAUAGUGAUGGAGGAACAAUAUUCGAUUCACCACAAUCCAGUUCAGCCACCUUUCCAAUCACUUAUAACAACGAUGACAACGAUAACAACGAUAACAACAACAACGACAAUAACAACGAUAACAGCAACAAUAGCAACGCUAGUAAUAACAACAACAACGAAAAUGGUAUCUAUAAUGGUGACGACAGCAAUGCUAAACAAGUCGAUGACAACAAGAAUGACAAGGACGACAGUAGCAGCAGCCACGACAACAAAACCACUAGUAGUUCAUCUCAAUUCAUCUAUCAUUCUCCCAAUAGUACAGUGGCGACUUCCUUACUUGAAGACAAUAACUCAUUGACGGCAUAUACUGAAGCAACAGAUAAAGCGACAAAAAGCAUUUUACAGACGAAAAGAACACCAGAAGAACAAGAUGAUGACAAUUAUAAGCAAAAAAAGACUAGGAAACGAUCUACAUCAACCAACUCACCAACACCGGAUAUCCCAGUAGGUCCUCUUUCUGGAAGUAGUCAAGGGGCGAUGGUAUUGAAUUAUUAUCAGGACGAUGAUACUGAGGACGGAGACGAUGAUGAUAUGGAACCUAAAUAUGAAGUGGAGGCUAUUCGUGGACACAAAAUCUACCGGAAUCGUGUGAUCAGAUACAUAGUGAAAUGGAAAGGAUACCCUGAUAGUGAAAAUACAAUGGAACCAGCCAACUCAUUCCAUGAAGAUUGUACAGAUUUAUGUUUACGAUAUUGGAGCUCACUUCCAGCAUCAAAACCUCGACCUGUCAAUAUUCCUCGUGACCCGUCAGCAGUUUCUAUCCUCUCAUCCGAUGAAGAAGACAGAUCUGAAGCACCGAAACAACAAAGAACUCCAAAGACAUCAAGACGGAAAUCAGCAACGCCAAUACCCAAAUCUCCAGCAGCAUCUCGAAGAUCCGUUACACCCCGAUCCACCUCAUCAACAUCAUCAACAUUAUCAAAAUUAGCAGCAAAAACGACGAAAUAUGCAAGAAAAACGAAAAGAACCCGUACAUCCAAUAAAGCAAUAUCAUUGGAUGAUGAUCAUGAUGGUGAAGAUGAUUAUGGUGACAAUCCUAAUGAAUCGUGUAAUGACAAGAAGGUGACGAAACAUGAUGAUGUAUGGACGAAAAAUGCACUUGGAGAUGAUGACGAUAUGUAUGACAUGGGAAAUACAUACAGUGACGAUGUAAACGAAAAUGAGUAUGAAAAUGAUCAUUCUGAUGACGGUUAUUUUGAACCAGACGACAAGAAAUCAAGACUUGAAAAAAAGAACAGCAAAAAACCUUUGACGAUUGAACAAAACAAUCGUAUCCGUAGAAAUAGCAGCAGCAAUAACAGCAAAAAGAACGAGGAUGACAUCUUUUUUCAAUUGGCCAAAAAGAAACGAUUAGUUCAAAAGCAUGUUGCAACCAAUUAUAGUGAUAAUGGAUAUGAUCUUGCAUAUACCGCAGCGUCUCGUGAAUUACUAACACAUGUGGAUUGGCAUGAUGAAGCUUUUACUAUUCGAAACGUUUUACGAGCAAAAGGAUUUCCUAGUCAAAAAUUGGUUUAUUUGGAAUGGUCCAAUGGAUUGAAAACUGCACAUAUGAUAGAUGAAAUACGCGAAAGAUCUCCUAAAAAGUUAUGUUUAUUCUUUGAAGAAAGAAUAAAAUAUUAUUGAUAUUAUUUGUUUAUUUUAAAUUAGUGAAAUUAGCUAUAUAGAUAUUUAUUAUCUUUAUGUGUAUAUGACAUGUCAAUAAAGAAACCUUCUUUUAUAUAUAUAUAUA